GUCUUGUUGGAAGAAGAUAAGGUUGUAGGAAAAAUAUCGCAUCGCGUGCAACAAAUCCAUGUAGCAUAGAAUGGAUAUUUAUGCCAUUCAAAUUUCCCAAACCCCUCCUCUCUUCUUCCACUCCAUUUUCCAUGGCAACUAAUCUUUCUACAGCUUUAGCUUCAUAUCACCAUUCCACAGACGCCAACCGCCGCCGCAUCACCGCCCCACUUCCACUCCCCACCAAGAAGAGAUUCGGCGUUUCUUGCAAUGUAUCCAAGAGGGCGCCUUCUCCGCCUUCCGCCGUCGCCGAAGAGCAAAAGGGCCCAUCUUUAGCUGACCAGCUUAAACCCUUGUCCACUACCAUUCUUGCAGACCAACCCAGUGAAACCCAUCUCUUGUCCAAGCCAAAAUCCACAUGGGUUAACCCCACUAAGCCAAAACCCUCUGUGCUUUCUCUCCAGCGCCACAAGCGCUCCUCUUCUUAUUCAUACAGCCCCCAGAUCAAAGACCUCAGACAAUUCGCCAAGAAACUCAGUGAAUGUGAGGAAUCUGAUUUCUUGGGUGUUCUUGAGGGAAUCCCUCAUCCACCCACCAGGGAGAAUGCGCUUUUGGUGCUCAACAGCUUGAGGCCAUGGCAGAAGUCUCUUCUUUUUUUCAAUUGGGUUAAGGCCCAGAAUGUGUUUCCAAUGGAAACCAUCUUUUACAAUGUCACUAUGAAGUCUUUGAGGUUUGGGAGGCAGUUUCAGCAUAUAGAGGACCUUGCUUUUGAAAUGAUUGAGAAGGGAAUUGAGCUUGAUAACAUUACUUAUUCCACUAUUAUUACAUGUGCCAAAAGGUGUAAUCUUUUCGACAAGGCAGUGGAGUGGUUUGAGAGGAUGUACAAAACUGGGCUGAUGCCUGAUGAGGUUACUUAUUCUGCUGUUUUGGACGUGUAUGCCAAGUUGGGUAAGGUGGAGGAGGUGAUGAGUUUGUAUGAGAGAGGCAGGGCAAGUGGCUGGAAGCCUGAUCCCAUUGCUUUCGCUGUGUUGGCGAAGAUGUUUGGUGAGGCGGGGGAUUAUGAUGGUAUUAGGUAUGUUUUGCAAGAAAUGAAGUCUCUCGGUCUGCAGCCGAAUUUAGUUGUCUACAACACAUUGUUAGAGGCAAUGGGUAAGGCUGGGAAGCCUGGAUUGGCUAGGAGUUUAUUUGAGGAGAUGGUUGAUUCUGGGAUUGCACCUAAUGAAAAGACGUUGACGGCAUUGAUCAAGAUCUAUGGAAGGGCUAGGUGGGCUAGGGAUGCUUUGGAGCUUUGGGAACGGAUGAGGUUAAAUGGGUGGCCAGUGGAUUUCAUCUUGUACAAUACAUUGUUGAGCAUGUGUGCUGAUAUUGGGUUGAUUGAAGAGGCAGAGAAACUGUUUGAGGACAUGAAGGGAUCAGAAAAAUGCAAACCAGAUAGUUGGAGCUACACUGCGAUGCUUAAUAUAUAUGGAAGUGGGGGAAAUGUUGACAAGGCCAUGGAUUUGUUUAAGGAAAUGUCUGAGGCGGGUGUAAAGCUUAAUGUCAUGGGAUGCACUUGUUUAGUUCAGUGUUUGGGGCGAGCAAAAAGAAUCGAUGAUUUGGUGAGGGUGUUUGAGACAUCUGUAGAGGCUGGAGUAAAGCCAGAUGAUAGGUUGUGUGGGUGCUUGCUCUCAGUUGUAUCUUAUUGCGAAGGUGAAGAUGCUGCUAAGGUCCUGGCUUGCUUAGAACAAGCAAACCCGAAACUGGUUGCAUUUGUCAAGCUGUUGGCUGCAAACAACAGCACUAACUUUGACAUGGUGAAAGAAGAGUUCAAGGGCAUACUAAGCAACACAGCCAUUGAGGCCAGGAGACCCUUCUGCAACUGUUUGAUUGACAUAUGCCGAAAUAGGAAUUGCCAUGAGAGAGCUCAUGAGCUCCUCUACUUGGGAACUAUAUAUGGAUUAUAUCCAGGUUUGCAUACCAAGACUGAAGAAGAGUGGAGAUUAAACGUCCGGUCACUCUCAGUCGGUGCAGCUCACACUGCAUUUGAAGAAUGGAUGGGAACUCUAGCUAAAAUCAUCCAGCGCCAGGAAACUUUGCCUCCAUUAUUUUCUGCCAACACCGGAGCUGGAACUCAUAAGUUCUCUCAAGGUUUAGGGAGUGCCUUUGCUUCCCAUGUGGAGAAGCUUGCAGCCCCUUUUAGAGAAAGUGAGGAGAAAGCUGGUUUCUUUAUUGCAACUCGAGAAGAUUUACAGUCAUGGUUGCAAGCUAAGGCUUCUUCGGCUGUGACCGCAGCAUGUACAAACUAAACUGUAAUAACGACGUUGCAAUGUUCGAGUCGAAACAUUUUAUACCUAUAAUUGUAGCUUGAGAUUUUCACUUGAUUAUACUUUACAACUGCUCUAAUCUGUUUGUUAAAAGGGCAACUUA